AAAUGCGCUUUGACUCGAAAACAUCAAUUUCUCAAUCUAGACACAGGGUGGCGCUGCAAGCUAAGAUUGUGAAUAAAGAACCCUCUACAGCUCGCGCGUAUUCUUUUGUGUAGCGAGAGACGCAAUCAAAAACACUCGCAAGAAGAUUUGCGAAGCAGUACGGGGUUACCAGCGGGCUUGGGCAGCGGUGCACUAACCGAAUUUAAGGUUAAAGGCAACUUUGUGACGAUUCUUCCAAGGAAGAAACUGGAAUUGAAUGUCUCAGGUCUUUUGUGGUUGCUGAAGGGAUUGGAUGUAAAGACCCAGAGCCCGACCUGGAGAAGCUAGAGAGAAUGCAUCCAAACAGGCAAGUGUGGGCGUUUAUUUUGAUAGCGUUCUUUUCUCAAGUUCGCUCCCAGCCUAUUCGUUAUUCUGUGCCCGAGGAAACAGAGAGUGGCUCCUUCGUAGCCCACCUGACCAAGGAUCUGGGCCUGCAAGCUGGGGAGCUGGGCGCCAGGUCGGCCCGGGUGGUGUCUGACGAUGACAAGCAGCCUUUGCAGCUGGAUCGUCAGACCGGAGAUUUGCUUCUGAAGGAGAAACUGGACCGGGAGGAGCUGUGCGGCCCCGCAGAGCCGUGUGUGCUGCACUUCCAAGUGCUCCUGGAAAUGCCGGUGCAGUUUUUUCAAGGAGAAUUAUCCAUCCAGGACAUAAAUGACCACUCUCCGGUAUUCCCUGAUAAGGAAGUGCUCUUGAAAAUGCCAGAAAACAGCCAGCCAGGGACUCUGUUUCCCUUGGUGUUAGCUCAGGACAUGGAUGUGGGUAGCAACGGUCUUCAACAGUACACAGUCAGCGCCAAUUCUCAUUUUCACAUUCUCACUCGAAAUGAUAGCGAGGGCAAGAAAUAUCCAGACUUGGUGCAGGACAGAGCGCUGGACCGAGAGGAGCAGCCCGAGUUCAGCUUAACCCUCACGGCGCUGGAUGGUGGGUCACCACCUCGGUCUGGGACGGUCAUGGUUCGAAUCUUGAUCAUGGAUGUCAAUGACAAUGCUCCUGAGUUUGUGCACACCCCAUACGAGGUGCAGGUCCUGGAAAACAGCCCCCUGGACUCCCCAGUUCUUAGUGUCACAGCUAGGGAUGCGGAUGCUGGAAACUUCGGGAGCGUUUCCUAUGGCUUGUUCCAAGCGCCAGAUGAAAUUAAACAGACUUUCUCAAUAAACGAAGUCACAGGAGAGAUCCGACUGAAAAAGAAAUUGGAUUUCGAAAAAAUUAAAUCUUACCGUGUGGAAAUUGAGGCCACAGAUGGAGGAGGCCUUUCUGGGAAAGGCACAGUACUCAUUCAGGUGGUGGAUGUGAAUGACAACGCCCCUGAGCUUAGCAUGUCUUCCCUCACCAGCUCCAUCCCAGAAAACGCUCCCGAGACUGUAGUCUCCAUCUUCCGAAUUCGAGAUAAAGAUUCCGGAGACAACGGAAAGAUGAUCUGCUCGAUUCCAGAUAAUUUGCCAUUCAUUCUAAAGCCAAUUUUCAAGAAUUUUUAUACCCUGGUAACAGAGAGACCGUUGGACAGAGAGAGCAGAGCCGAGUACAACAUCACCAUCACGGUCACGGACUUGGGGACACCCAGGCUGAAGACGGAGCACACCAUAACCGUGCUGGUCUCCGACGUCAACGACAACGCCCCCGCCUUCUCCCAACCCUCCUACACCCUGUUCGUCCCCGAGAACAACAGCCCCGCCCUGCACAUCGGCAGCGUCAGCGCCACAGACAGAGACUCGGGCGCCAACGCCCAGGUCACCUACUCGCUGCUGCCGCCCCGCGACCCGCACCUGCCGCUCGCCUCGCUGGUCUCCAUCAACGCGGACAACGGGCAGCUGUUCGCCCUGAGGUCGCUGGACUUCGAGGCCCUGCGGGCGUUCGAGUUCCGCGUGGGCGCCGCAGACCGAGGCUCCCCCGCGCUGCGCAGCGAGGCGCUGGUGCGCGUGGCGGUGCUGGACGACAACGACAACCCGCCCUUCGUGCUGUACCCGCCGCAGAACGGCUCGGCGCCCUGCACCGAGCUGCUGCCCAGGGCGGCAGAGGCCGGCUACCUGGUGAGCAAGGUGGUGGCGGUGGACGGCGACUCGGGCCAGAACGCCUGGCUGUCGUUCCAGCUGCUCAAGGCCACGGAGCCCGGGCUGUUCAGCGUGUGGCCGCACAACGGCGAGGUGCGCACCGCCAGGCCGCUGGGCGAGCGCGACGCGGCCAGGCACAGGCUGGUGGUGCUGGUGAGGGACAGUGGCGAGCCCGCGCUGUCUGCCAGCGUCACGCUGCACGUGCUGCUGGUGGACGGCUUCUCGCAGCCCUACCUGCCGCCGCCGGAAGCGGCCCCGGCCCAGGCCCAGGCCGACUCGCUCACCGUCUACCUGGUGGUGGCCUUGGCCGCGGUGUCGUCGCUCUUCCUGUUCUCGGUGCUGCUGUUCGUGGCGGUGCGGCUGUGCAGGAGGGACCGGGCGGCCUCGGGGGGUCGCUGCUCGGUGCCUGAGGGCCGCUUUCCGGGCCACCUGGUGGAUGUCAGCGGCGCGGGGACCCUGUCCCAGAGCUACCAGUAUGAGGUGUGUCUGACCGGAGGCUCUGGGACCAGUGAGUUCAAGUUCCUGAAACCCAUUAUCCCCAAUUUCCUUGCUCAGGGUCCAGAGAGGGUUAGUGAGGCAAACCCCAGCGUCAGGAAUAGCUUUGAAUUCAGUUAAGUGUUAAUUAGGGUCUCCUGAGCCUAGUUCUGUUAAUUUGUGGAAAGUCCUUUUUUUUACUGCUUUGUCUGAAGAUGUCUCUUCUGGUCUGGUUCAAGGCACCUAGGAGUACUGGAGCUAAAUUCCAAUUCCAGGAAUAGCUUAGGUUUCAUUAACAGAAGAAUCCGAAAGUAGUUUUUUGUCCCUGAAUGUUUUCUUCUUUAAUCAAAAAACUUUAGAUGAUAGAACAUUUUGUUUAUAUAUUGAUUAUCCUUUCUAUGUAGUUAGUUUCUAAUUCAUGCAUACUUUUCUUUUUUCUUCUGCUUCCUGGUUUACCAACACAGUCUUCAUGGCUCCUUUUCUUUUUCUAAUAGAGGAGCAAAAAUAAAUUCAUUAUCUUUUAAUGGUGAUUUCAAAUAGUUUUUAAGUAUCUCAUUUCAAAUUCUAUAUUUUACAGCAACGUAGAGUUCCAACCCACCAAUUUUAUAAUUUUCCAACCCACCAAUUUUAUAAUUUACCUUGUUGAAUAUGUUCAUAUAAUGUGCUUUACAAUAUUCCUAAAGCAGCUUUUUCUAUGACUAAUGAAGUUUGAGGAUAGAUAAGAAUGUGUUUUCUUUAAGAUAAUAGGAAUGUACCAUCUUUUGAGGAGUACCCAAAUGAAAGUAAUACAUUUAGUUCAAUUUCUAUGUUGACACUUGCAAUUAAUGUUUCAAUAUUGUAUAUGCUUGUAUUGGCCCAAAAUAGAUAAAAAAUAUAGAGUAAUAUGGCAAAAUACUCUUAGGUUUGCCUAAAGUGCUUUCUUGAUGACUGAGGGAAAAAAUUUAACUUUAUACCAUCUUAAACAACUGGUUGUUCAUUUCUGGUUGACACAAAAGCAUUGUUUAAUAAGGCAUCUGGUGUGAUGAAAAUUUGUUUUGUAAAUUCUGAGAAGUAAAUGUUGUAAACUUGAGGGCCAUUUCUUUUUAAUUUCAAGAAAGCACAUGGAUAUAUGAUCUAUGAAUGCUGUAUGGCAAAAGUACUGUCCCACCCAGUCCUACUUUAUUAUUAAUACCUACUUGCCAUUUGCAUGGUGAUAUAGGAGGGAAAUAUUAUAUUUUUUCCUGUUCACUUCUUCAGAUUUCAACCUGACAUGAUUCAGGAUUAUAUAUGGUCCUACUGGGAUACAAAUUGUCCAUCCAUAUCAGCAUUCCACCUCCUACAAUGUAAUUAAAAGAAAAUGUACAAGAAUAGAAAGGUCUAAAAAGGAAAGGGCAAUAUCAUUGUGAAAAUCUAAAUUUACAACUAAGAAUAAAAUCUGGAAGCAACAAAAACAUCAAAUUUUAUGACUAUUUUGAGUAAA